GCCACGGCCACACGCUCCUCUCUCAAUGUCUAACGAAACUGCGACGAAGACGACCAAGCAUGAACCUGGCCACUCAUGGAAACAAAACGAGACGCAAGUUCUUCCAAAAAAUCGACUUCCGCUAGUCUUUCUUGGAUUUGCUUGUUGUGUUUUCUUGGCGGCUAUCGAUCAAACAAUCGUUGCGACCGCCCUUCCGACAAUUGUGAGUGAUCUUGGAGGUGGGAGGAACUACAGUUGGGUUGGCAGUGCCUACCUGCUGGCCGCGGCUGCGUUGUCUCCUCUGUACGGCAAGUUGUCCGACCUCGUAGGGCGAAAGCCGAUUCUGUAUGGCUGUAUUUUGGUGUUCUUGAUUGGGUCUGCAUUGUGCGGCGCAGCACAAAAUAUGACUUGGCUAAUAGUUUGCCGUGCCGUACAAGGCAUUGGUGGUGGUGGGAUUCUACAGCUGGUCAACAUUACGAUUGGUGAUGUUGUUCCUUUACACGAGCGUGGAAAAUACGGCGGUCUCAUUGGCGCAACAUGGGGAAUUGCCAGUGUCGUAGGGCCGCUGCUCGGUGGGGCCUUUACGGAUCACGUCACAUGGCGCUGGUGCUUCUGGAUCAACCUGCCGACCGGUGGCGCCGCUAUGGCCAUUCUAUUCAUUUUCUUGAACCUCAACCCGACGCCAAAAAAGUCUUUAAGGGAACAUGCCCGCAACUUUGACUUCGUCGGACUUUUCCUUAUAAUCGUUGGGGUAGUUUGUCUAUUACUUGGUUUCAAUUUCGGUGAAGAGAAAUGGCGAGAUGCAAAAACAAUCGCGCUCCUGGUAGUUGGCGGAUGCUUGCUAGUGAUUGGUGGUAUUCACGAAGCGUUUACUUCUCGGUCUGCAAUCGUACCUCCACGAUUAUUCAGGACCCGAACCACCGCCAUCAUACUAAUCUCGGUCUUCCUGCACGCGAUUGCAUUCUUCGCAGGUGCAUUCUAUCUCCCGUUAUACUACCAGAUUUUGGGAGCAUCAGCCACCGGAGCCGGUGUCAAGAUGCUUCCCUUUUCACUUGGCGGUUCUCUGAUGUCAGCAGUAUCCGGAGUUGUUGUUUCGAUAUUUAAGGAGUACAGAAUUGUCAUGUGGAUUGGAUGGGCAAUCUUUUGCCUCGGUUAUGGGUUAAUGAUAAUGCUGGAUAGUCACUCUGACCUCGCGGAACAAUUGGUGUAUCCAUUGGUCGCAGCUCUGGGACUUGGAUGUCUUUUCCAGACCCCUCUGAUCGGCCUUCAAGCUGCUAUGCCAUUCAAAGAUAUGGCGACUAGCACCGGUACGUUUGGAUUUCUCAGAACCCUCGGUGGAACUAUGGGGGUGGCAAUUGGGCAAGCAAUCUGGUCAAGUACACUUACUCAGAGACUAAAGGACAUCCCGAAUAUUCCAAUCGACACAUCGAGCUCUGCUCUCAGCCAGAGUGUCAGACAUCUCAAAGACAUCCCGGACGCGGCUCUCCGAGGCGAAGUGGUCCAGGCUUAUGCAAAAUCCAUUGGUUCAAUAUGGCUUGUGGCAACUCCGAUUAUCGGUGCUGGUUUCUUGAUGGUCCUUUCCAUUCGUAGAUACCCCCUAGAUCGCAAAGUCGUGCGUGAUGCUGACGUGGAAGAGGGCAAAGCAGACGUUUCCAGUGGUGACGGAAAACAGAAAACGACUGGACAAGAACAAGAAAAGGGAACUUCUUCGGGUGAAGCUACCCUGCAGCCGGAAUCUAAUGCGGCCCAAGUAGCUCAAAUGCAGUCAGAAAGUUCCGAUGAAAGGAAACCUUCAGUGGAAGACGGAAAGCAAACUCAUCCCCAGUGAAAGAGGGACCGUUCCUACUCCGCUAUGCCAUUUUGUAGUAUCACAGCAACGGCACAGCCUGUGUCAUAUAUCUGGAGUUUUGUUGUUCGUAUAUGUUCGUAUACGGCCGCGGUUAGAGUAAGAUAGAACACUAGUUUUAGAUUUCUAGAUAAUUAUGAGGUCGUUGCCCCUCG